AUCUCAAUGGCUUCGGAUAUGACAUCGUUUGACCUUCUACUCAUUGGCAACACAGGCCAUGGGAAAAGUUCAACGGGCAACUCUAUUCUUGGACUUCCAGAAUUUCAGACGUCGUCAUCAGCACGGACAACUACUCUCACCCCUGAGUUAGGGUGUUCGAAACGUUACAACAACCGUACGGUCAGGGUCGUUGACACACCGGGGUUGUGCGACUCCCAGUGGAGCAGCAAACAGGCAGUGGGGGAGUGCUCUCGCGUCAUGGCUAAAUCACUGUCACUGUGCCCGGGAGGCUUCCAUGCUCUCCUUAUUGUACUUAAGUACGGGCAGAGACACGUUGCGGAGGAGCUAGAGGUUCUAAAAGACAUGUUUGGCAGGGAUGUAUUGAAAAGCCAUGGUAUUUGUGUGAUUACCCAUGCUGACCUGUCACAAAAAAAUGUGAAAAUUGAAGAAACUUUGGAUGUAACAUCUGCCGAGUGGUGGCAGAAACGAGAUGGCCAACUUGCCAAUUUGGUUAGGGAGUGCAACUCAAGAUUGGUUUUAUUUAACAAUCGGUCAGAGGUGGAAAGUGAAAAGAGGGAGCAAGUGGAAAAACUACUCCAGCUUGUAAAGGCACUCCCUGAAAGUGGAAAGACAUUCCCUUCCCCUCAUGUUUUCUCCAUGAAGGGAAGCUGCCAAAUUGUGAUGGAAAAAUUCAAGUUAUCAUGGCCAAGAGAAGAAAUUUUUUUUAUUCAUUUCAAGACGCUGAAAGAGCAAAAUGUAUACAUUAUCGUCUUGUAUGUUGUAAGAUUAGUGUUAAUGUACAUUGUCUUUUGUGCUUUUUUCCUGAAUUUUUGGCUUUAUUUCCUAAAGGAGAAGGAGGUAUACACUGUGUUUGAAAGUGAUGUCCUUGUUGUCGUGCUGUCCAACAAUAUUGUACUGGAAAACACCAAAAAGAGUUUCCACUGGUCAAUGAAUAACUGUAAAGUGGACAACAGUUCGAUUGUCACCCAGGUUGAAAAUUGUGAGCACACACAAAGAAAAAUAGAAGGCAUAAGAAUUUGGUUAAAUGCAUUUCAGAAACCUUACGGAUGCACCAAAAGGGAAGGUGCAAAGUCCUCAAGGAAGCUGAAUAUUUCUCGAAAUAGGCAUAGCGGUAAUAGUAUCAAUGAAAAUAGUUCUAGACUGGGAAUAAAUAUGAGGAGGAACAGAAAGUCCUGUGAUGUGUAUUUACACGUUCAAGUUAAAAUUGCUGGUACUUCCAAGAGCAAAAGUUCUGUCAAUGAAGUCAAAUCAUUGGAGGAGAAAGAGAAGAAAAAGAACCUGCUCAAUAUAUUUGAAACAGAACACAUGGUUACAUGGCGAAGUCGGCUGCAUUUGAAUGAAGCAUUUGUGUUCCCGAGCCAUCCGCAAACUAGGAAUGAGCGUACUAAUGAGGAGGGAAGGGAACAGGAAGUCCCAGGCCAGAGUGAAGCUCCGGCAUCAUCUCAUGAGGAAAGCAGCUUCAGAAGAAUGAGGUAUGAAAUGCUUCGACUGACGUCUUUCCGGCACCUACAUUUCCCCAUGGAAGCGUUUGUCUGGGCACCUCGUCUUGCUGCCAGUGGAUUCUACUUUGAAAGUGGUCGUAGCAUGAUACUUUGCUUCUACUGUGGCCGAAAUUUCAAUCCGCACACAGACUCUGUGGACACGGCACAUGACCCGCGCUGUAUGUGGCGGGAGCACAACGUCAGCUUCAGCGAAGGAACGAGAGCGAUUCCAGAAGAAAGUUUGUCUUCGCCCUCCAGUGUCUCGGGGCAUGUUGAUGGCCACAACCACCUUCAAGUCCCAGAGCCCCCUGCUCCGUCUUCCCUGGCACCUUCCAGUGGAUAUGGAUCAGCGGCAAGCUGGCAGUUCUCUCUCUCCGGGGGUUCUCAAGACCAGCCUCCACCCUCCUCUGGCUUUGCUGAAACCAUGUCAACUGAGACGUUCAAGACCGAAAUCAACAGUUAUGAACCGCCGUUGAAGAGCUCUGACCUCUCUAGUAGCCCUAGCUCCAAUGCUAUGUUUGGCUCCUUCCACAGCCUCCCGCCAAACCUGAACACAGUCUCCGGUGCUGCGGUGAGCGAGGAAAGCAAAGAUGAUGCCACCUCAAGGCUACUGACCUCGGGGACCAGAGAGCCAGUGGACAUGAAGAGGUUCCCUCGCAGAAACAGCCUCGUCUCUCAGGACACAGCCAACAGGCAACAGCCUCAGGAGGGUGCAAUGGGAGGAAGAGACACCCCACACUUGGAUCUCCGAGCGGUUUCUUAUCCCCAGUUUGCGACAGCUCAUGCUCGCAGGUCGACUUUCUCUGAGUGGAGUCCAGACCAUCCGUUGCGUCCUGAGGAUUUAGUUGCUGGAGGUUUCUUUUAUGCAGGGUACCGCGACUGCGUGCGCUGCUUUUGCUGUGGCUUGGGCCUGAAGUACUGGCGGAGCACGGAUGUUCCCGCCUACCAGCAUGCUCGUUUCCGGCCUCACUGCGUCUUCAACAGAAUUGUCAACGGUCAGAGCUACGUGGACAAGGUGCAGCGAGAUUUUGGAGGCGCCGGGCCUCGCGGUGUUCAGGCUGCUCCCAGAAUUCAUGAGGGAAGCAAUUCAAGCACAGGUACCUCCGAGCAAACAUCUGCCAAAACAGAGCAAUCGGACUCCAAUGCAGCACCGACCGUCACAGACUCUUUGGACUCACAUGCGGCACCAGCCAACUCCGACCUCUUGAACUCUGAGGCGGCACGGAGAGCUCUCAGGGAUGGAUGGGAAAGGAGCCAAGUGAUGGAAGGCGUUCGGCGAAUCAUCAACGACUUAGGGCCCAAAUAUGGUUGGAUAUGAAUUCCGACCAUAUGAAGGUAGGAGUAAAGACUGAAGUACUAUGCCAUACUUGACCCAGCAUCAUGGGUCAUGUUAGGAUGCCAUCUUUAGAUGACUUUUUAAAUAUUUUUUAAAAAUAUGUUUUUUUCUUUCUGUUUUGCACAUACUUUUGUCUGAUUUCAGUUGAUGGUUUUAGAGUACCACUGGUAUAUUCAGGCUCUUUAACUUCCCACUGUUAUUUCUGUUGGUCUGUCUUACUUUUCCCCCUAAUUGUGAAUGGCAGUUAUUGUGUCGAUGCACUCCGCUUUACUUAUGACGACAAACAGACGAACCGACAAACAUUGAUGCUAUCCAUCUUACUUUCUGCAAAUGACAUUUUUUGGCGUACACUGACCUGAUUAACCAAAGGUACCAUCGUUACGAGAAGUAACAUGCAGACAAUUCCUGCACAAACACCAUCCACUAUCUGCAGCGACAAGACAGUGCAGGGUGGGGUUGUUUUUGUUUCCUGUACUCAAGCUAUGACUAUAAUGUCAGCAUCAUUCCACAAGUCCUGUGUCUUUUUAUAACGUCUGGAGAAAAUUAGAGAAGAGGAGAUCGCCCACAGUAAAGCCAUCCAUCUCAAGGGCACUUGUGAAUUUUGAAUUAAAACCCAUGAAGGAAAUAGCAAAACUGUCAUGUAAGAUGCUCCUUGAUCUUUUUAAUUGCGGGUGCGGUAAAACUCUAAUUAAACUAAGCUAUAUGAAAACCUUCAAAAAUUUAUUGGGAUGAUUGUGGUAUGAAGCCGAUGGCAUGUACUUCCAUUCUUGUGCUUUGUAGUUGCUUGAUCCCCUGUUUUCUAUUUAACCCCUGUUUUUUAUUUACAAUGGAUCAGAAAAUGGUUUGAGCAAGCCUUUCUUCCUUUUGGGCUUAACCUCAAAGCAAAAAUGUAGCUGCUGUGCUUUAGAUCAUCCCGUCACAGUUGUAACACAUUUGUCUGAAGUCAUUUUUUGGUGGGUUUUUUGGGGGCUGUUGUUUUGAAAAAA